AUGGUCUACCGCGGAAAACCCAGCAAGUCUUGUCGCGAAUGCCGAAGGCGUGACAUUAAAUGCGACAAGAAGAAAGAUGGAUGCUCACAAUGUUCCCGAGCGCACAUCCCAUGCUCGAGAUACGCGGAUCCCGCCAAACUCAUGAUCCACGAUGAGACACAUUCAACAAUUGCGAGAGCUCGUCAAAAGCGCGUUUCGCAGGGCCCAUCAUGCCCUGGCCCUCUGUCCCUUAACUUGCUUCCCACGGUGGAAGAUCGCGCAAAAUUACUCUACGCAUCGCAAUACAUUGGUGAAUCAUCGGCAACCAGCCUGUUCUCCUUGAUACGGGUUUUCUACCCGCCGAAACCUGAUCCCUCUUCACUGCUGGGCACCGCCGUGCGCACUACCUUCUUAGCUUUCUUCUCGUCCUUGCAUGAGUCAAGUUCAGUCCUUUACGAAGCCCGUGUCAAUUAUGGGUUGGCGCUCACCCUCGCUAGAAAGGCAAUUCAGUCGCCUGAACAAGCGAGAACAGACGCCACCUUAUUUUGUCUGCUGCUGUUGAGCGUCUUUGAAAGAUUCGCUCAUUCGGGGCAAGGGGAGCUCCUAGUCUCAGAUGGUCAUUUACAGGGAGCUUUGGGACUGAUGUUCCUGAGGGAUGACAGUCAGUUUGAGGGCUCAGUAGGCAUCACGAUGCUCCUCCAGCUAAGUGAACUAAUCGCCAUCAAUUGCCUUGCCAAUGAGUCAGAUAUCCCGUCUUCUCUCUUGUCUUUAAGGCUCAGGGCACUUCGGAGCGUCGAUUCCUCGUCUCCCAGGUGGAGGUUCUCAGAAGUUUUGCUACAGUAUGCGCAUCUUAAAAAUCUCAUCCGAACCGGUCUUCCGCAUGCGCAAGCCAUACUCCGGGCUGAGUUGCUUGAUCAUGAACUCGAUCAAUUGUCCCAAGAGCUGCUCCCCAGGAACCAGGUUCCCUUGCCACUGCCAGAGCCCACGGGACAACCAGAUCGAUGCCCGGAUCAUAAAACGAGAAAGGGCUUGAAUAAUAUUCGCGUGGUCCGCAUUCUACUAGCUGAAUCGAUUCGCGAGCAAAGUACUCCACUUCUCAGAACUUCGACAGAUCAUGCGGGUCUGGUCAUGGAGAGACUUCACCGUUCUACGCGCACAUCCAGUUCACUCAGUCUAGAGAUCUGCUCCUCCAUUCCGUACAGCAACUCUGGACGUUCGCUCACUUCCGACCUUUCCAGUGUACAGGUUGCCUCGCUAUCUUUUCAUCUCUACGUGGCCAAGGAAGCGGGUGUGAUCCCGGACCAAUUGCGACUGUCUAUCCUUGAACAGAUGCAGGCUUUACAGCAGAAGCAACUACCAGGACAUCAGAGACUGCUGGCCGAGUUACAAGAACGGCCUCAUCAACGACCAAAUGUCUGGAAAUCAUGGCUCAAAUUUGGAAAGGAAGAUUUCUCAGUGUGAUUUAUUAGAGUGGAAAUGGCGCAAAUACGCUCUUUAGACCUCUAUAUCUAGUACUCAUUGAGUGCGGACGCAUGGGCCGGGAAUCUCUGGCCAACAACAGGAAACUCCUCCAGGAUCGAAGCGAUCUUCUUGAAAUCAUCAUCAGUCAAGUCAAGGGUGCUCACGUUCUCCAAGACCCUUUCCUCAGACCGCGCACCCGCCACGGGAAGAAUCACCGGCAUGCCCG